AUGGCCAAAUUCACGGACAAGAUCGCCGACAAGCUCGGCGACCACCCCGUGUCGCACCACCUCCGGGGGCGCAAGUGGGGCGAGAUGCUGACGUCGCUGCUGUUCUCCCUCGUCGUGCUCGCUCUUAUCGGUGUGUGGGCCGCCGCGACAGCAGGUUAUGAGACGGCGUCCAAGAUGUCGCCCGACUGGAACAUGACGGACAACGACCACUGGUUCGCCAAGUUUACCCCCCCGCGCGCCCCGCCCCUGUGCCAGCCCGCGUUCAUCAACACGGGCUCCGAGUUCUACACGACCAACGGCAUCUUCCUCUGGCAGAUGGGCAAGGGCUUCAACGUGUCUGCCGAGAAGGCGUUUGGUAAUAACGACACCACCGUCAACUUCAACUCGACGCUGCAGGAAUACUCGGACUACACACUGUCGCACUGCGAUGUGUCUGGACUGCAGAUCGACAUGGACCUCCGUGGCGCCGAGGUCGCGGUGCAGAUCUACGCGACGUGCAUUGACCCGACGUGGCCUGCGCUCCUCCGCUCCGACGUCAAGUUCUCCGUCAACCCCGCGACUGGCAUCGACAACUCGCUCUGGUACGGCGAUGUGAUCCAGCCCGAGAGCAAGGAGUCGAACGACAUCGUGUCCCCGAUCCAGGACCUCGCCAACGACAUGUGGAAGCGUCAGCGCGCCAUGUAUCUGAACACGACUGGCAACGACUAUCCGCUCGUGCGCGGCUUCCGAGUGCGCAACAGCAACAACUGCGCGUUCGAGACCAAGGACAAGAAGUCGUGCUUCGAGAAACCUCUCCAGUGGAGCAACGACACGGAUGGCUUCUACAUGUACCCGAACCUGACGAUCAGCCAGACCAACUACGAGCCCAUCGUCUGGAACGUGACGACCAACAACCUCGUUCAGGCCGUCAUCGCGGCGGCGAGGUACGAUUUCGGUGCUAACAUGACCAACAAUCUCUUCUCGAACAACACUGUCAAGGGCCAGAUCAUCCAGACCCAGGACUCGCCGCGUCUCGUCAACGUCACCGACGCCAACUACCCCAUGAACCCGCUCAGCGGUGCGCGCGCCUUCCUGGCGACGCCCGAGUUCGCUCCCGCCGGCAUCGCACGCGUCCGCACGAGCUACCUCUGCAUGGUGAUGCGCAUGAAGAAGCCGGCCGACUUUGUCGUCUCCGUGCUCGGUUUAAUGUUUGCCCUGUUCGGUGUCGUGUUCACAGCCCUCGCAUUCCUCUUCCACAAGAUCACCGGCCGCACCGUCGGCGGUGGUCCCGCGCUCAUCGGUGCUCCCGCGCCGAUUGACAUUGUGCAUGAAGGCGAAGAAGAACAGGCACUCACAGACAAGGACGGCAACCCGAACGAGCCGCGCGGUCCCAACGGAAACCUCCCGAUGCGCUCGAACAGCGCGGCCGACACGCUCGCGUUCGGCGCAGGUGGCAAGCACAACAGCUUUGGCAAUCUCUCCCAGCUUACGGGCAAGAGCGGAGGCGGCGGCGGUGGUGGUGGCUUCGGAGCCGCCGGCUUUGGCGCUGGCGCCCGCAGCAGCUCCGGAUUCGACCUGUCGUCCAUGGCUGGUAAGGCUGGUGGCGGCGGUUCCAUGCUCUCCAUGGCUGGUGGUCUUGCCGGUGGCCUGAUCUCUCGCGCCUCCGGUGUCGACCUGUCCAGCAUGUCUGGCAAGGCCGGCGGUGGUGGCUCCGGCAUCAACCUCUCCUCCCUCGGCGGUGCCGGUGGCAGCGGCUCCGGUCUCAAUCUCGCGGGUAUGGCUGGCAAGGCUGCCUCUGGCGGUGGCUCUGGUCUCUCGCUUUCUGGCCUUGCUUCGCGUGCUUCCGGCGUCGAUCUGCAGGGUAUGGCGAACAACAUGGGCGGCCUGCAGCCUCCAAACGGCACCUCCGGCUCGGGCUUCAACCUCGCUACUCCUCCUAUGUCUCGCCUCUCGUCCUUUGCCUCGCAGUACAAUCCGUUCAAGGGAAACGCUGCCGCUGCUGGUCUCGGCGCCGCCGCCGGUCUGGCUACCGGGGCUGGCGUCGCUGCGGCUUCCAAGCACCAGUCUGGUAACAGCGGCGACACGACUUCUGACGGUGGUGCUUUAACGGCCGUCAACUCCGAGAUCGGCAGCACCUCCCAGCUCCUCGGCCAGUACAACGUCAGCAACCCCUACCUUCCUUCGCCGGGCAGCUCCCAGAUCCCGCUUUCUUCUUCGUACCCCAACAUGCCCACGAUCCCCGACAACAAUGACCACCCGCCCAUCGCUGGCUACGUCCCGACCAGCGGCGACGACUAUACGCCCCGCCAGAGCGAAGACCCUGCUGCUGCUGCUGCUGGUGCCGCCGGCGUCGGCGCUGCCGCUGGUGCCGCCACUGGUGCGGCCGGAGCAGCUGCUGCCGGAUACGCCCCCCUUCCGUCUACCGCUGGCAUUGGUGCCAACAACGUCACUGGCAACUACUUCAACUCGUCUCCCGAGACCAUGGCUCAGGCGCAGAUGCCGCAGCAGGCCAACCCCGCUGUUCCGGGCAUGCCCGCGGCUCCUGCUGCCGCUGUUCCGGCCCUGGGUACGCGCGAGGCUGAGGCACAGCAGUUCGGCGCGGGUGGCUUCAUCCAGCCCAACCAGAACAGCUUCGCGGGUCGUCCCGAAGUCGUUGGCCAGCCCAUCGCUACCCCCGCGCCCGCCGCUAGCGGUGUCCAAGCUCCCUCGCCCACGUCUGCCAACUUCUCGAACCUCGUCCCCGGUGUCGCGGGCGGCGUGCUCGGUGGAACCGCCGCUGCGGCCGCCCUCGCAGCCGGAGCGCGCAUGAGCUCCUCGCCCGUCGGAAGCCCCGUCGUCUCGCCCCCGCCUCACCUCCCCGCUGUGCAGAGCAUCGACCUGAACCACUCUCCGGAAUCGGAGCAGCCUCCUGUGGUGCCCAACCAGCCCUACGUCGAAAACGCGCAGGGCAUGGCCGGCCUCACGGGCCAGCAGCCCAUGUCGCAGGCGUCGGGACACAACGUCACCCAGGGCGCGACUGGCAACCUCGCCCAGAACAUUCAGAACGCACCUCAGACGUUGCAGAACUUCCAGGGUAUCCCGCGCGACAUGGCGCAGAAUGUGCAGGCUGCUGUUCCGCAGAACCUACCGGCCAGUGUCCCCCAGGGCGCUCCGCGUGACAUGGGCGGUAUGCAGAACGCGGCCAUGGCCGGCCUCGCUCGCGCUGGCCUUGGUGCCGGUGCUGCUGGCGUGAUGGGCAUGGUUAACAACACGCGUGAGCGCGCCCAGAACAUGCCCCAGAGCGCCCAGGGCGUCGUUUCGAACGUCCAGCAGCAGCUUCCCGCCCACCUCCAGAACGGCGCUGAUCGCGCCGUGCCCUCCCCCAUCAACCCCGGAACGGGUGCGCCGGUGCAGCGCGGCCUCGACUCGCCCGAGAUGCCCGACCCCAGCGCGACGUCGCCUACCUCGAUCCCGACCCCGAACGUGCCGACUGCUCUCCCCGUUCCUUCUGGAGAGACUGCCGGCGCUUCGCCCAUGAGCCAGCCUUCGAUCCUCGGCUCGGACCAGACGACCCCCACUGGCUCCACCCCCGGCCCGACGCCCACGGCGAUGACGCCCUCCGCGACGCGUGACGGUCCCAGCGUACCGGGCAUGACGCCUAUUGGCCUCGCACCCGAGACGGCCACGGCGACCUCGUUCGACGGCCGACCCAUCUCUGCCUUCUCGACCGACAGCGUUUACUCGCAGCGCACGAGUCCCGGCCGCCGUACCUCCAUGCUCCCCGUUCCCGAGGGAGACAACGAGAUCCCCGCCGUGCCCGCCAUGCCUCCCCACCUCGCUGCCAUGGGCCGCGUCCCCUCCACCACUGACACUCCUUCAUCUUCUUCCAACCUUCCCCUCGCUGCCGCCGCCGCCGGUGCCGGCGCGCUCGGAGCGGGUGCCGCUGCACUUGGCCUCCGCAGCGCCGACGGGUCUGGUCUCCCCACGCGCUCGAGCAUGGGUAUGCCCACCAGCCCAGGAGCGCCCGUGACGGGUCUUCCGAGCGCGGGCGUGGCGACCUCUCCCGAAGUGCCGACGAGCGGCCUCCCCGCCUCGUCUUCGAUGAGCUACAUGACCCGCGGCAUGCGCACCAGCGCCGGCCCGCCCAUGCGCCGCCCCUCGCCUCCCGACAUCACGGUCCCCAAGCCGUUCGCGACGAUGGGCAUCCCGACCUCCCCUGGAGCGCCGAACGCGCGCCACACCUCUGCCGGCCCGCCUGCCGGAUACUUCCAGCCUACCGACCCCGCCACGCCCACCACUCCUCUGACCCCGCGCGAGUCCGACUCGCUCCUGAACCGUGACGAGUAA